UUAGGCCAAGACCUCGUUGGUAUCAAUACGGGCAAUAUGUAAAGACACGUAUCCUUGAUUGCUUGAUUCAGAAAGCUGAAAUUCAACCGUACUGAAGCCGUACCCUUAGUUCUGUUCUGUUCUUCCGAGGUCUAACAAUCUCAGGUUUCCAAACCCAGUUCGUGUUUCGUUGACUUGAGAAGGACAUGGUUGAUGUCAAUGUAAGUAAAAGCAAACUGAGGGAAGCGACUGAUUCUGAACUUUCUGAUUCUGAUUCUGAAGAUGAUAGUAACGAGGUUUCUGAUUCAGAGAACCUUUCUGACAUAGAUGAUGCAGAGAUUGGAAGCUACUUAAAUAAUGACAAAGAAAAGCAUUUCAAGAAAAUAAUCUGGGAAAUGAUGAAUCGGAAGUAUCUUCAGGAUCAAGCCAAAAAAGGUGCUGCAGCUGAUAAUGUCAAGAACUCCAAAAGGGAACCCAGACAUAAAAAGGCAACAGGUGUAAAGAAAACCCAAUCGACAGCUAAACCAGCUCAUCCAACAUUGCCUAAGAAGAGGCCUACCACUAGAAUCAAUUAUGAAGCGCUGGCCAAAGUGCUAGAUGAACCUUUGCCUUCAGAUUGCUCAAAGAAAAGACGGACAGAUUCAGUAGAAAAUGCAGGCGAAAGUUCAGCUGGAAAUCAGGUGAAUGACGAUGCAGAGAAUGAAACCGAGGAUGGAGAAAAUGGCUGGGAAGACGAUCCAAAUUAUUCAAAUUAUAAUAAUCAAGAGGAAGAGUACAACUACGAUGACGAUGAUGGGUUAUUUUAAGCAACUAGAAUACUGACAAUACUUACAUAGAAUGUGUUAUACUGAGUUAUAAAGGGUUAUUGAAGUAAGUAAAUGUACACUAGUAGAAACAGCAACAUGUAUGAAGUGUAAGACAAUAGAUGUUGAAGUGGAAAAUCUUGCAGGCUAAAUUGCUUGUUUGAAUGGCCAGAUUGUUCAUCUGCUACAUUUUUCUAAA